GUAUUCUGUUUCUUUUUAGCAGAAUAGACUCCAGGAAUUGGGUUGCGAUAGAAAAGUGUCUCCUGUAGCAGAGCUGACAUCCGAUCUCCACCCAAGGCUGGAGGGCCUCUCGAGGCCUUCCCUUUCCCGUGCAGUAUGCAUGUCUUCAUGCAGCUACAGCUAUUUUUAGAACAUUAUAGCUGAAGCACUCUGAUCUUCUCCACAGAGGACAUCCAGAGCAUUUCCAUCUAAGAUGCUAACCAUUGGAAAGAGUCUUGCUUUGCAACCCCAGCUGACUUCAAAUCUAAGAUCUUCCUGCCUUGGUCCCUUGAAUGCGAAGAUUAUCGAUGUGUGCUGUCAUUCCUCGCCUCCCAGUUUGCUUUCUUUUGUAACAAAAUACCUGCAAUUGAGAAACUUACAAGGGAAGAGGUUGACUUUGGCUCAGCAUCCUGAAGACCGGGAAGUCCAGGAUGUCACUUCUGGUAAGGACCAUAUAGAAUUUCACAAUGUGGUGGAACUCAAGAGGCAUGCGUGGAAGAGAAAGCACAAGAGGUAUCCUUGCUUUGUGACAACCUGUUUCCAUGAGAACCAACCCUGCCCAGUAGGAAAGGCCUUAAUUAGCCUCUCUACAGCCCAGCCAUCCUUAAAGUCUCCCAUCACAAGGCUUCUUCAUCUCCCUCCCUCACUUCUCUCCAUGCAGGACUUGGACCUGGCAGUCAGUGUGUCUUUUAGAAGGAGUCAGACAUCCUUGCUCACACUAGACUUGCUUCAGCUGUUUGGGGCUUCUGUGGAGAACUUUCUUUCCUCAGUCUCAACGAAUUCUUAGUUGGAGCUGACUCCUGUAACAAAAUCUGGAUUAGCCAGAGGAAAUCAGAUGGCUUCCCCCUAUUUUCCUCAGGUGAGAGCCACUAAGGGACGAGUAGUUCUCAAGAAGGUAGCCUUGAAUUUCAGCCUAUCCAGUGUUGCAAUAAACAAGAGUGAAUUC